AUGGACGAGAACUUGAGCCGAGGAUACGUCCAACUGGGCAAGGCCAGGGGCAUGAACGAGUUUAAAUUCUCAAACGGAUUUACGCAUCUCUCACCACCCGUCGACAAAUGCAACUUCAUCUACCUGGCCCUGAUCCUCGGUGGCAUAGGUUUCCUUCUGCCCUACAACAGUUUCAUUAUAGCGGUGGAUUACUUUCAAGCGAGAUAUCCGGGAACUACGGUGAUAUUUGACAUGUCUGUUGUUUACAUCAUCAUGGCUUUCUUUGCUGUCUUUGCAAAUAAUAUUCUAGUCGAGACCUUGUCACUGAAUACGCGGAUUACAUUCGGAUAUUUGGUAUCCUUUGUUACUUUGAACUUUGUCGUGAUCUGUGAAAUUUGGUGGGAACUUUUCGGCGUUGCAACUUCCUAUACUAUUAAUUUAAUUGCCGUCGCGAUAGUAUCGCUCGGUUGUACAGUUCAGCAAUCGAGUUUUUACGGAUACACAUCAAUGCUUCCUAGUCGAUAUACUCAAGCUGUAAUGACUGGAGAAAGUGUUGCCGGCUUUUGGGUGUCGAUCAAUCGAAUAAUAACGAAGUCGCUACUCAAUGACGAGCGCGGUAAUACAUCCAUGUUCUUCAUUUUGUCGAAUAUGACGAUCCUCUUGUGUUUCGUGCUACAUCAAAUAGUGCGGAAAACCGACUUCGUGCAGUUCUAUAUAACGUUAUGUCAGGAGAGGAAUCGUAUCACGUUGGAACCAACGGAGGAUGUCGGACUAAUGGAUCCAUUAGAUCAAGUCGGUGAUCCCUCGAAAGGCCAGUACGGAGUAUUGAAGAUUCAGACGAGCCCAUUAGGAACGGAAUCCGCGAGCGGAAGCGCUGACUUGAAUGCUUCUGGGCAGUACUCCGCAUUCUCGUUUAGCAAUCCGGUAUACGAGCCUGGUGCUCCUUCGGGCAAUCCGCCUAGCAGCGCGGGGCCGACUUACAAGGUCGAAGAUGUCGUUGUUAUGAGAGGAGCUUAUGGAACGCAGAGCACGAGUACACCAUGGUCCGGUAUAAAAAGAGGGCUACUUGCAAGACUUGAGGUUGCUAAAUUAAUUUUCCCGUACAUGGGCAGCAUUGGAAUCGCUUACUUCGUGACGCUCUGUCUUUAUCCAGGAAUCGUGUCGGAAAUAAUAUCUUGCAAAUUCGAGUCGUGGAUGCCGGUCAUUCUGAUGACUGCCUUCAACGCCUCUGAUUUGCUCGGCAAGGUUUUCGCUUCGAUACCUUACGAGUGGAAACGUACCCAGCUACUCUAUUUCUCCAGCGCACGGGUCAUACUUAUCCCGCUGUUCCUGCUUUGCGCGAUUCCGCGUGGUGCUCCGAUUCUCUCCGGCGAGGGAUACCCGCUCUUGUUUUCCUGGUUACUUGGCCUCACGAAUGGUAUAGUUGGUUCCAUACCCAUGAUCCAGGCACCUAGCAAAGUGCCGGAGGAGCAUCGGGAACUUGCUGGUAAUAUCAUGACUCUGUCGUAUACUACCGGCUUGACCAUCGGUUCUCUGUUGGCGUACAUGAUGGAUGCCUGUCUCGGGCCAACUGUUCAAGUCAAGGAUGUAUGCCCGAAAUUGAUAAAGACUACAACUACUGCGCUCAACAAUGUGACGGCGAGCGUCUUGACGACCACCAUAUCUUCCACCAUACCCGUGAUCGAGAAGACAACGGCGAUACCGACGCUGAAGACGACCACCGCCGUACUGACUACGCUUCUGACGUCGACCGUAUGGGCAAAUAAUACCAUGAGCUCGCUGAGUGACGGAGACUCGUUGGACGUAUCGACAGCCCUACCGAAGAUCUUGGCCAACGCAACCAUCUCGGCGAGCAACGCGAUCUUGCAACACUAGGACGCACAUGUUUGUGUUGUGUUAAAUCUGGUGCUUUCACAUGAGCGUGUUGUGCAUGGUGUGUGAGUGCGUGUACAUGUAAUAAAUGUAAAAGAGAUAUGUAAACGUUGAGAAGUUGCUGAAGAAGGGAUGAGGCAUUUCCUUGACUUUUAUCUGAAAUUGGUGCAACAAUAAUGGCUGAAUCUUGUUCUAUUCUUUAUUAUUGUUUAUAUCUAUUGGACGACGUAGAUAGAUACGUGUAUCAUUGUUCGUAUCAUCUCCAAGCUUAUUCUUCGUAAAUGUAAAAAUCGCGUGGAAAACUAUAAUAAAGAUUAAGAAUUAAAAUUUAUAUUUAGCGACAGGAGAGAACGAAAUCAAUUCAACUGUUAUUUGUGCACCAAAUUGAUCAUUAAAGACGUUGUAAUUCUCUUUAGGUACUCACAGAGUAAUCUCUCUCGCUAUUGUAAAUUGCUCGGUAUACCGACAAAUGUUUAUCCUCGAUGAAUGAAAAUUAAAUCCCGCGUUUUAUUUUGUUGUUGGCGAUCCGAUAAUAAUAAUAAUGUUAAUAACGCUGCGUCCAUAUUCAUUUAUGCGCAAAUUACAUAACACUUGGUUUAGUUUUCUUUUUUACUUUGCCGAAACAACUCGUCGAGAUAUCGCCAGAUUGAACACACGUACAAAGAAAUCGCGUGCAACGACGAUUGCGCUCGCCACCACAAGGCUGAAGAGAUGCAAAGCGUGGAUUUCGAACGUGUCCCUUGUUUCCGUUGUGGAUGUCGCGGUGCCUUUUGCGUUGAUUAUGAAACGAUACGUUCAUAUUCUAUGCGUCGGUUCGACUCGCCUUCGUUAUUAUUCCAAUGCGUAACAGAUUGUUAAGACUAUUGACGGUUGACGGUCAAGAAAUUUUUGCUCGUAACGUUAUUGCACGAGUAUAUUUUGUCGAAUUGUUAUCUCCGUGUACGAAUAGUUGAUACGUAAAAUACGUACGUUUGUAUGAUACAUUAUAUUAUAUAUCAGUUACCUUACGUUUAUAGAGUAUAUCUUCUAGAAAUAAUUUUAUUAGACAUCGGAAGAGACGCAUCACGUUUGGUGCUGUUACGAUCCUAUCACUGCGAUCACUCGUAAUGACGAAAAAUAUAGGCAACAUCGGGUCUCAGAUGUAUCAUAUCCUAAGCGUAUAAGGAGAGUCAAUGUUUUUAAAGAUUUAACGCGUUGAUACGGAAAGCGUGGAGAUUAUCUAGUGAAUGUGAAUUGAGAUAUUUAUGAUACGUCCAGUGCGCUUUCCGACGAGGAAAGAUCAGUUUUCUCAACGUCCCUUUACACCGUUCCCCUCUCCCCUCCCUUCCUCUCCGUAAGCUUCGUCUUUCGCUUUACCUGCUCAAGACAUAUCCAGUGUUACCUCCUAGAGGAUUGUAAUCAAAGUUUGUAAAGUUAAGACGUAGUAAGCGUAAUGUUAUGCGAGAGUAUAUUAUGAGAAACUAAAAUACAUUCGACAUCAUGCGACCGA